UCAAUUGAAGCCUAUCAUUUCUCAACGAUAAUCUACGCUAGAUAGUAGAGUAAUAUAAAAACGUUUAAAAAUGUGGCGGCAAUUUAAGGGUGCGUUUACAACGAGACCUAUACUUACGAAUGCCGUUGUGUACGGAACACUUUACGUCGGUGCGGAAUUUUCGCAACAGGUUUUGUCCAGGAAAGUGUUGAGCGAGAAGAAGGAAGCUUUGGAUGUCGGAGCCCUUAAACGGUACACGUUGUACGGCACAUUUAUUCAAGGACCUCUGCUCACAGUUUGGUAUAAAUGGUUGGACGCAAAGUACAUUGGCACCGGUCUCAAGAUUGUUGGAAAGAAGCUAUUGUUGGAUCAAUUUCUGCUGACGCCACAAAUCGUAUGGAUAUUCUUUACCGCUAUGAGCAUAAUGGAAGGGAAAGAAGACAUAUUUGAGGAAUGCAGAAGUAAAUUCGUGCCCACCUUUCAAUCGAGCUGCCUGUUCUGGCUUCCGGCCCAAAGCGUUAAUUUUAUGCUAAUUCCGCCCACGUUUCGCGUCGUUUAUAUCGGUCUAUGCUCAUUCGGUUGGGUAAAUAUACUUUGCUACAUUAAAAGGCAGAGUUUUUAGGAGAAAAUGUUGCGAACGGCGGUCACCUAAAGGUAGUAUAAUAGGGCAUAAAAUAAGUGGGUUAGGUUAGGAUAUAAAGUUUGUUGCUUAAGAACAGAGGUAGCGUAGUAAAACGAGGUGGCUGUAAAAAGAGUAUGUGACGAGGUUGGGGGUGUUGUAGGCGGCUUCAAUAAAACUCGAAAAACUGAGCUGAUGCGUAUGGACUCGGCUAUCUAAUGUCAACCGACAUGACGGGAAAUAAAUUCCGUUGUAUUUGUGAAACGGCCCCGAGAUGUUAACGAUAAUUUCUGGUGGAGGCUUCUGUGCCGUUGGCGGCUAAUGUAAUUUUAGUAGCACGAAAUCAAAUCGGAGAAGGAAAAAGGAAAUUUAUUAGCUAUUAUAUUUUUGCAAUAAAUUUUCGUUAAAUUAUACCCGACGGUAUAAGUUUCAAAAUUAUUUUUUCCCUCGUUCUCUUCGAUAUUAUUUAUCCUAAUUUACUUUUAUUUUUGAAUUUCGGUCGUUAACGGCCACAGAAUCUCAGCCGCAGAAAACAUUAUAAUGGCAAAUAAAAAUGUUAUAGCAAG